AGCAUCAACUGGGAUGGAUUUGUAUUGAUUUCUUUAAUAACCAUUACUCAUUCAAGGCUUCAUUGAUGAAUUGGCCUUCAAUAACAUAUACUGAAAUGUAUGUCCUUUUCACUGCUCUGUUAGUAUCACCACAUUCUUCUUCUAUCAAUAUUUUUUCAGAUAAUCAGGCUACAAUCAACAGAUUUUUUAAAUACGUUUUAAAUAAUGAUCUCUCAGCUAGAAAAUUUGAAAAGAUACCCAAUUACUUUAUUUAG